UGUCUAGACGCGAGUUCACGUAAACGUAGCCAGCGAAGAAAGUUUUUGGAAAGACUGGCCCAACCGUUGCCGAAUGCGAGUGGGGGGAAAGAGCAGAUCAUGAAGACAUAGAGAGAGGGUACAAGAUCGGCGAGUGGGAUCCCUACUAUGGGGAACCAGCGCUGGAGUUUUCACGACACCUACAGCGCCGCCCUGGCGGUCAGAACGUUCACAACUCAGCCGCUCCCGCGGACGAAAAUUGCUACUGGUAGUGGCGUUGCGUGCGCUGAAAGUCGAAGGAAAACAAAAGGACGCCGACAAUACUGUUGCGUAUACAAGUGCCGCAACUACGUCGGGAUGAGGGAGGAUGUAUCCUUCUGCGUCUUUCCAUCUAAACCCUACGAACAAGAACGGAGGCGGCGUUGGAUCCAAGCAGUCAGGCGAGCGGAGUAAGUUCCUGUCUUGUCGCCAUGUAAAGCGGUGUCGGGCUGGUUUCUAAAUCGAAUUUCGCGUGUGUGCUUGGUUUAUUCAACAGUGAAGACGGUCAGCCGUGGCAGCCAGUACCAAACAGCAGAAUGUGCAGUCGGCAUUUCGUCGGAAACAAAAUGAGCAAUAGCAUGCACCAUGCGGCAUAUGUACCAACCAUUUUUCCUUCGCAAUACCACCGCCAAGCCCCUUCCAAUGCCACCGCAUGAAGCGAACGAUACGAAAAGUAAAUAUUAUCCAUUCAUUACCAAGAAUUAUGUGGGAGGGAAGCUGCCUUGUAAUACGAGUUGUGUGCGCAUACUGCCGGCGCACGCGCGACUAAGCCGCCUAUGUGUUUUUUAAAAUGCGCACGCGGAUGAGGACUCGGCGCUGAGAUGCAUCCGGUAAAUUUAUGUAAUUAGUGCUAAAUGUAGCCAGCGUUGUUACGGAUCCAGCAGCGGAGCACUCAAACCCUUGCUUGCGCGAGUCAGCUGAUGCGAUAAAGCUUUCUUCUCCAUUGACUGCUGUGGCGAAGUAACAUCUGAAUUUUUUAUGUCUAGCCAGAGAAAUAUGGAAAGUCUUCAGGCCAACUAAUACUUCCGAAACCAUAGCGCAGCACGACCGGAGCUAUAGCUGCUAGAUUUGCGAGGCAGGCUGCCCCGCACGCAUGGCAACGGCGCACGCGCAACCAUUAAAGAAACACACGUGCUCGCCGCGACACACUGUGAAAUACAUAUAAAGCUUAAAAAGCUUCUUUCGUCAUUUCUUCACUUGAUGGCGCUAGCUUCUUUACGAAAACUGUCCACUUGAAGCGGCGCGAAAACGGAAACAUACGAACUAUAAUACGGCCGCGCACGUGUGUGUCGUCUGGUCGAGCGGCUGGGAUAUGCCUCGUUUCGUCGCCAGGGCGGCGUGCAACACACUCUUUUCGACGCGCCGCCUAUCCAGCGCUGGUUCCCCAAUUGAUUACCGGUGCUGCCAUCUCGCGCAAAGCAGCAGAAACUCAAAGUAUAUGCUAUGGCCUCCGAGACUGUGCGUACGAUUUCGGAGGCUAUGUUCUGCGGUUGUAAUCUGCGCCGAGCCAUGCCGAGCCACCUUUUGGCACCGUGGACGGAACCGCUUGCUGCCACGAUUUGGGCCUUUUCCGUGCCGUAACUGCCACAACCGUGCGAGCAAUAUGGAUAGCAUGGUAGUUCCUUCAAGUUGAUGACAUCACAUCGCACUUGCAGCAGCCGUCCCUGUACCACGUGCUCAAGAUGCUGCUGCACCUGGGAGAAUGCAAGCUGACAUGGCUCAGUUUUGACACACCCAGCUAACUAAAGAGGAGCAACGAGAGACCAGCAGCAGGGCUUUGGUACUGUGUCAGUCGUGCCAAGACGCAAACAAACAAAAACGCUAAAACGCAAAAGCAAACAGUGCCGACAGGUACUGGAGGCAACGGAAUGCCAGCAUCAAAAGCGAGACUGUGAGCAAGUCUCAGAAGGCCACCAAUCACUGGCAAAUAGCAGCCUGCCAUUGGAGCUCUAGUAUAGGGACAGUGUGAUCCAUAAAUUCCACUUAGAGAAGACCAAUAAGCGCAAGCAGCCCCCUGAGACCACCUGCGGGGACGGAAGCGUGCCCUGGCAAAGCAUUCAAGGCACAUCUGGCAACACUUGAACUGUUUGCGACAAAAGGGAGCUGCCUGCACGUUCCAGCCAACAUCUGACUGUGCCUGUCACAAUGGCAAAAUCUGUACAGACGCAGGCCACGAUCCCGACCAAGUGCAGUGUGGACGUUGCAGUUGGCACAUCGGGAAGCGAAGACAGGGACAUGUCCAAGUCGACUCAGACAUCACCUGCUGCUGUGAAGAUGCACAGAAGGACAGAAACCAUACACCUUGGAGAUGUUCAGGACAGUGGCUCUAACAUGGAAGACUCUCGAGGGGUGCCCAAUGUGGAUUGGAGUACUGGAUUUGCCACUUUGGACAGUAAAGUAGAUCGGGACUGCACUCACCGCACGUGCAUUGUGCAAUGGUGCAAGAAUACCUCGAGAACGGGGCAUGCAAGGUUCUUCCGGGUGCCUAAAGACAGCAGGAUGGAAGCGUUUCUCAAGUACUCUGGGAGGCAGGACCUCAUGGGUUUGCCCAGGCGGAAGGUCAGCAACUACAGAAUCUGUUCGGCGCACUUCACGGAUGGAGACUUCUUGGACCCGGCGGGACGCAGGCUCAUUUGGUCAGCCGUGCCGACCGUGAAAGUGCCGUUUGAGCUGUUCGAGUCAAAAGGUUGCGGAGUUAGCCCUGGGCAAAUCGACCUAUCUCUGCCAGGCCUGCCUGUGAAUCAUCAAGAUGGCGCUGCCAGCCCUGCGCCCCUGCGGGAGCGGACACCUGAGCCAGGACCGUCUGGACUAUGCAGAGCUACACCAGCUACUGGUGCAACACUGCAACAAGACGUCGCCUAGUUACUCAACGUACACGUUCAUUGCGUGGGCGGAAGGAAAGGCUGUUCAGGCCUGACACGGGGAGAAUUCUGAAGAAGUGGAAAGCAGACGCUCGCAGGUACUAGAGAGCCUUGUCACGGUUGCAAAAGCGUAAGAGUCCUCGUAGGGUUACUAAAAGGGAUGCCAUGGAAACCCUAAGGUCGUGCCCGACUCCAGAGUCUUACAAGCUCGUAAACAGUCAGGUCCUGCUCCAUGGUCGCAAAAUGAAGGGAAGGAGGUGGCCACAGAAAAUGAAAGAGUUUGCCCUGAGCACAUUCUUUCGUAGCCCGGUGGCAUACACGCACCUUUCCAAAGUGCUUGCUUUGCCAACCUCGAGGUCUCUUCGGAAGUGGCUGUCAGAAGUGCCAAUGACAACCGGAAUUAUUCCUAAAAUAAUUGGUGUACUUAAAGAAGCAACCACUGAUUGGCAUUUACUGGAUCGGGCUGGUGUCAUCAUGUUUGAUUAAAUGUCUCUUCGACAAAACUUGCAGUGUGAUAUCAAAAACGAUAUUGUCAUUGGCUUUUCAGGCAAUGGCUCUGAAAGGACACCGAGUGUGGCAAACCAAGCCUUUGUAGUCCUCCUUUCUGGAAUUUCUAAACCAUAGGUGCAGCCUUUGGCUUUUGACGUGGCACGAACCAAACUGUAUGCUCCUUACAUCAGGAGGCUGCUAUUUGCCUUAAUUGAACAGCUAAGCUCAAUUCAGCUGUUUGUUAAGGCUGUGGUGUGCGAUCAGGGGAGAAGUAAUGUUACACUUUCAGAGCAGUUAAACGUAACUCCAGAUGAACCAAUCUUUGAAGUGGGUGGUCACAAAGUUUAUUUUCUAUUUGACACUCCACACCUUAUGAAGUGCACCAGAAAUAACCUGCGUGCCCCUCACAAACUUGCCAUUGGCACAGAUGCUAUUGAAUGGAAACACAUUGUGGAGUUAUAUAAGAGCUCUGAUCCAAUUGGAAUGAAAUUGGCUAGGAAACUGACAGAUGAUCAUAUACAUACAAGGGGCCUUUCAACAGUAUGAAGGUAAAGUUCGGCACCGAGGUACCGAACGAGUCAGUGUCUGUGGCAUUGACUGUCAUGAUUACUCUGGGGAAAAUGGAUGGGACUGCCAAGUCUACAGCAGAGUUUAUUGAUAGAAUUGACAAGCUAUUUGACUGUCUCAACAGCAAAAGCAUCACUGCCAGGCCUGGCAAGAUGGACUAUGCCAUCAGUGCUGAUGCUGGUCAUGGGGAGUUUUUGCAGGAGGCAUUCAAAUGGAUAAAAUGCUGGAGAUUUGACAGCCCCAGACAGCGCCACACAAUUCGUGGCUGGCUUGUCACCAUCCAGGCUGUCCUAUUGCUGUGGAAAGACCUCUGCCAAAAUUUUGACUUCACUUUUCUCCUGACACGCCAUUUGCAGCAGGACUCUCUUCAGAAUCUUUUUGGUGCUGUGAGAAGGAAUCUUGGCUGUAAUGAACAUCCUCAUGUGUUUCAGUUCAUUGCUGCUCUGAAACACAUUUCUUUUGGGAAACUAGGCAACCUGUUGUCUCGUGGGAACUGUGAAAUCGGAGACACCUAUUUGAUGACCAAAGUAAUGGAUGGUGGUACUGCUGCACCACCACUCAUUGCUGAAGAGGCGGAGGUACCAAGUUCCUGCGACACAUCAGGUGGUGACCUUCUAGAUGCCGAAGAGCAGAAUGCACUGUACUGCUUUGCGGCUCACCUCGUGCAGCAAUUUCUUAAAAAACGUCCUGCGGAGUGUGUUUGCAGCCUUUUUUAAGACACGAGGAGGAGGCACUAGUAGGUUCCCAUCAGUUUAUGGCCAUGCUUCAGGCUCAUGUUAAGCCAGGAGGACUCUUUGCUGGCCUGACACAGCCUUCCGAACGUCUCUUUGGGGCGGUUAAGAACAUAGGGAAAGAUUUUCUAGAAAACAUUCGUGUUGUAGCUCAUGUACCUCGUGUUGUACAUGUGUUAGAGAAAAAACUGUGCGACAGCCUUUCCCAGGCACUGUGUUGCUCCACAAGCUGUCGUACUGACUUCCUCCAACAGUUUUGUCGGGCGAGGCUGCUGCUUCAUAUAUGGCACAUAAAUCGAGUUCUGCGUAAACAGCAGGAAAAAAGAUCGUCAUCAAAAAGAAAAUUGCAAUAACUGUAAAACUAAAUGUUCAUAAUAUAUGUGUUCUCCUGAAACAUUUUCUGUGCCUACAGGAUAAAGGGAACAAUUUCUCAUUAUUAUGUCAUUGAGGUUCUCAUUUUACGUCCCUUAUUUGAUCAGCAGCCUCAAUCAUAAUGCACUGUCAUGGGCUUUGGCUGAAAUUGCAGCUGAUUGUUUCAUAUUUUUGAUCUGUGGUUGUUCCACCAUUUUCAUAGGUUCCUCAUAUUCGAAGUUGUACUAAUUCAGUUAUCGCAACAUGUCUUACCUGUAGUAGACUAUGAAAUAUGCAGAACAUAAAAUCAGAAUUUCUGGUUUCUCUUUGCCGUCAGCUGUGGUAAUUAUUGCUGUAGAAGACGCGUCAGUGAUGGCGUGAGAAUUUUUUUUAUCUGCAUUUAAAUGGCCAUGUUGUACUAUGACAUUUCCAUGCCACUUUCUGUGUCCUCAAAUGAACUGUAUGUCGCAAUUGCACUUGUUUGCCUAGCCCAUGACACUGCUCUAAAACACCAUAGCUAUUCAAUACUGCAGUGGCUAAUGUGAGCACUUGUUCUGCGUUUGGUGUGUUACCUUCACGUGAAAUCAUGUAGCUCAUAAUUGUGCGGUGAUGUUGUUGCCCUGAGGUUCUUUAACAUGCAUCUGUGUUCACACAGAAGCAAAUAAAUUAUUAAAUGCUAUUAAAUGUGAAGUACACAAGCAUUCUUGCAUGACGUGCCCAGUGAAACGCGGCCACUGAGGCUGGGAUUUAACCAGCAACCUUGCACUCAACACCGCAACGCCAGAGCCACUCAGCUACCAUGACGAGUUGAUGUAGAAGCAUCUCAUUUUACAUUCGGCUUACAUUGCAUUGUGCCAUGAGCAGCUGAACACCUUCACGUUUGAGCCACUGCAGUCGGUUCCUUCUAGAAAAUCUUUUUCUGUGUUGCAAGUGUUCUGCGCAUUUCAUAAUUUGGUCUGUGUGGAUGUGGCUUGGCACAGAAAGACAGAGGCCAAUAGACAAAGGAUGGCGAUAAAGGCUUAUUGGUAAUUCAUCUUGGGAAGAGUUAAAUGGAGCGAAAGACCCUAGGACAUAAGACUGUGCGCGUACACGAGCACAGCUUUAUGCAUGUGUAUGUUCCACGAGUCCCCAGACGUCGUCGUGCCUUGACUGUGCUGCACUUUGCUCUUACCAGUAGACAAAGCUCACAAAUAGAUGUUCCUCCUCAUUAAAAAAAUUAAAUAAUGUGGUUUCACAUCCCAAAAGCACCACCUCAUUUCGAGGCAUGCCAUAGUGGGGGGACUCCGGAUUAAUUUUGACCACCAGGGAAUCUUUAAUGUGCUCCCGAUGCAUGGGACAUGGGUGUUUUCGCAUUUCACCCCCAUCGAAAUGUGGCCGCCAUGACCGGAAUUCGAUCCCGCUACCUCGUGCUUUGCAGCCCAACAACAUAGCCGCUAAGCAACCAUGACGGGUUAUUCCUCCUCAUUGUCAUCUGCUAUUCGACUAGUGUUUUUCUGUGCCAAGUCUCAUUCUGCAACUUCAGAAUCUCGCCCAGCUUACCAUUCCGUUGCCAGUCAUUUUUCUGUGUGUCAUCAUUCUAUAAGCAUACUAACAGCUGAAAAAUUACUGUUCAUGUUUAUGUAUUAUCUAAGUAAUUGCUGAUGGGAAAAAACGCGUGAAGAACCUUCAUGUGUAGGCAUGAUACGCUUUUUUUCUUGAAAGCAUGAGCAUUGAAAGUGUCCUGUAUGAAGAUUUUUGCAGUUUGUAUUUAUUACACAAAGGAGCGCCGAGUUACAAGGUAUGACUUAGUGCCGUCAGUGACCUAAUUUUACUGCUAAGGAUUGCAUUCGUGGUGAAAGUUGUCUUGGCUUAUUUCACCGGGCCUUUGAUGGAUGAAUAGGCUUUUCUGCCAAGGUUUUCUAUGUGCUCCUACAAAAGCCGACUACCUUCUGCUACCCGUUGCCAUAGUUACUCAAGUAGUGGCCAAGUGCAAAAUAAUGUGUAUUUACAUUUUUCGUACAAUGUUAUUUUUGUUCUGCCAUGUCUGCUUUUUCAUUUUGUUCUGUAGUAAUUAACAUGUCGCGCAUUUCAUAUACUUUUGUGCAGCUAUACAAGUAAUUAAUUUAGUUUUUUUUUUGGUAUGACUGUCAAUAAAAAAACUUGGCUUUUCAUUGUAUUAUUUAGGUAUCUCAGUGCAUGCCAUUGUUUUUAAAAUUUGCCAUUGCCAGUGAAUUUUCGCUUCCUUUAGUUGUCAUGACUAUGUCAUACACAUCUUCCAGUUUUAUGCAAUAUCUUAGAGCAUAUAUCAGAAGCUCGUCUACAUUUCGGUCUUGAGGCUGUUAUAUAAAGGUCUUUUUUUGUUUAUGUGUGUGUGUACAUGAAACGGCCUUCGUGUUUUCGAGCGCUUUUUUUUUUGUUACUUCACUGUCUGAACUUUUGUGUUUAGUACUCUUGUAUAUGUCAUGCACCUUUCACUUUUGUUCAUUUUUUGAGCGUGUAUCACACCACGUUAUAAGAAAAAUCUUUUCGGAAACGAAGUCAAUAAAGCGAGACCAAAGAUC